CCCUUUCAACACCGUCUCUCCCUCUUAUCGCUAUAUCCCAACUCUCUGAUUAUAGAAACUUCCCCAUUAUUACCCAGUGUCACUGCGUCAUGACCCCAAACCCGGUUUAGCGCUAUCUGAUAAAUAUGGAUGCCUCACCCUCAUCAGGCACCGAUUCAGAGCAAACACACGGCUGUCAAGAGCCCGUGUUUGCUUCACCCAUUCGAUGAUGCGCUUCGAGGAAGGUGGAGUUACUUUUUGCUUUGAUAUACCAUUCUGUGUCUGCGUCCUCUCUUGAAACUCCCCCCGCUCUGCUACUCUCCCUUAUUGUAGCCGUCCUUUUCUUUAGCCUCAUGCUUUUUGUAAAAUAGAGGCUGUCGGGCUGGCUUUGCAUACACUCCAAAUGUCUUCUAUAAUCAGACCAUGUCUGCGCCUCCAGAGUUUACCAAACAUCAGGCCCAGGUCGCAUCGUCUUCUCCAGACUAUACAAUCCCGUCGAGCCUUUGCAGAUCAACCCAGACCCCCGAAUCCCAGAGGUCGGAGACAUGAACCGCCUCGAGGCGUCUGGGCUCCUAAGACACGAAUUGCCGUCGGCAUCGUGUUUGUUGGAGCUAUUAUCUAUUCCAUGCUUACAGAGGAACCGUCAAAGCUUGAUGGGCCUUCGAUUGCCGAGAGGGACGAUCUGGCAAAGCGCGAGUCUGGUGUCACGGAGCACUCCCCAAUGCGGUUGCGGAUGGAAGCAUUUAUAAAGGAGCAGCAACAGAUAAUCAUCAGAGAGCUGGAGAAGGUGGAUGGCAAGAAGUUUCGAAUCGACACAUGGACACGGGAGAAUGGCGGCGGGGGCACCUCCGCCGUCCUGCAAGAUGGGAAUGUCUUUGAAAAGGCCGGUGUGAAUAUCAGCGUCGUAUACGGAACCCUUCCUCGGCCGGCAAUUGAGAAGAUGCGGGUGAACCACAAGGCUAUGGAUCCCAAUGUCGAGUCCCUGGAUUUCUACGCGGCCGGCUUGAGCAUGGUGCUGCACCCCAAGAACCCCAUGGCCCCCACCGUCCAUCUCAACUAUCGAUACUUCGAGACCGUGAACCCAGAUGGGACGGCAAAUACGUGGUGGUUCGGUGGAGGCACCGAUCUGACCCCGUGCUACCUCUUCGAUGAAGAUGCGGUCCAUUUCCACAGGACCAUAAAGGAAGCCUGCGAUAUGCACGAUAAGUCGUACUACCCCCGUUUCAAGAAGUGGUGCGACAAUUACUUCUCCAACAAACACCGAGGCGAGACACGAGGUGUGGGCGGGAUCUUCUUUGACGACUUGGAUGAGAGUGAGAAGGACCAGGAAAACACUUUUGCCUUUGCACAAAGCUGUCUGAAGGCCUUCCUACCAUCGUAUAUCCCGAUCAUCAUGAAGAGGAAAGACAUGCCGUAUACAGAGAAGGAGAAGGAGUGGCAGCAGAUUAGGAGAGGGAGAUAUGUCGAAUUCAACCUGGUCCAUGAUAGAGGUACGGCCUUUGGCCUGAACACCCCUAGCGCGAGGGUGGAGAGCAUUUUGAUGAGUUUACCUCUUACAGCUAGCUGGAGGUAUAUGUAUGAGCCUGAGAAGGGAAGUAGAGAGCAACGGCUGGUUGAUGUCCUGAGGGAGCCCAGAGAAUGGGUCUAGUCUAGAACCGAGGCCUGUCGGAAUAUGUAGAAUACCUUAUGUAGGAUAUGGAGAAUUCCCCUCUCCGGUCAUUUUAUCUCUCUUGGACUUACCUACCUACCUUACCUUGUAACCCAGACAUUAUUAAGUCCAGG